AUGGCUUCUAAACUUAUUCUUCGAAACAAGUGCCUCGUGUUAGGCAAUGCAUCUGUAGGAAAAACAGCUUUAGUGCAGACGUUUCAUAGCGAUGGAAGUCAGUUUCCAAAAACCUAUAGCAUGACUAUCCAUGUGGAUGUAUGCAUCAAACCCGUGAAUAUUCCCGAUACCAACGUUACUGUCGAGCUUUUUAUUUACGAUCUGGCAGGACAUGACGUGUUUCAAGAAUACCUUUCAAAAUAUUGCAGACAGGCUAGUUCGUAUAUGCUCGUGUAUGACACCACCAACUCGGAAUCAUUCAAGGCUUUGCCAAAAUGGAGCCAGUUUAUCAAGUCAAUCAAGGAUCUUCGUGGAAGCAAUGGAAUUCUUGUUGCAACCAAGACAGAUCAGUCCUUACGUAGACAAGUAACUCAGCAGGAAGGAGAAGAGUACGCAAAACAGCAUAAUUUGGUUUACUUUGAAUGUGCUGCGGCAACAAACACAGAGGUUGAAGCUCCAUUCUAUUACAUGGCCAAUGCAUUUCAUGGAAGGUUUGAGGAACAACUGCACCUUACUUCAAAAAUAGUGGCGGAUUUACAUUAA